GUCACACGAGUCGGUGUGCUUCGAGAAGUUCAAGUUUAAAACAUGGAAAGUCAAGACCCUGCUGUUGUUGAGGCAGUAAAGGCAUCAGGCGAGUCCACCCUGGAAAAGGCCACAGCAAAAGCUAAAGAAACAUUUGACCAGUUAAUGAAUGUCUCACUUAACAUUGCUGUGACUGGAAGAACAGGAUCUGGGAAAUCCACCUUCAUAAAUGCACUUAGAGGUCUGAACAAAGAUGUGAAUGAUGAUGAUGAUGAUGAUGAUGCUGAUUAUGAUGAUGAUGAUGGUAAUGAUGAUGAUGAUGAUGAUGAUGAUGAUGAUGACGAAGAUGAUGGAGCAGCACAUACUGGAGUCACAGAAACUACAAUGAAGCUCACCAUGUAUGAGCAUCCUGCAGUGCCAAAUGUGAAAAUCUGGGACCUGCCUGGAAUAGGAAGUCCAAAAUUCAAAGCAAAUAAAUACAUGAAAGAUGUCAAAUUUGACACCUAUGAUUUCUUCAUUAUAAUUAAUUCAGAGAGGUUUACAGAGAAUGAUGUUAUGUUGGCUAAAGAAAUAAAAAAACGGAAGAAAAACUUUUACUUCAUUCGCUCCAAGAUUGACAAUGACAUCAGAGCAGAGAAAAAGAAAAGAAGAUUCAAUAAGAAAAAAAUUCUUAACAAAAUAAGAGAGGACUGUCAGAUAAAUUUGAAAGAACUGGGAGACCCCAAAGUAUUCUUGAUAUCAUCUUUUGAAUUGGAGAAAUAUGAUUUUGAAAGACUUCAAAACACUCUGGAAGAAGAGCUUCCAGAACACAAGAGAUCUGCUCUUCUACAAGCCUGGCCAGUGUGCUCUGCUGAGUCUCUCGAGAAGAAGAUCAAGAUGUUUAAAGGGAUGAUCUGGGCCGUAUCUUUCACCUCUGCUGGUGUAGCAGUCAUCCCUGUGCCUGGUGUGUCGGCAGCAUGUGAUGCAAGCAUGGUUGUGCUUUUCCUCACAAGGUGCUACUAUGCAUUUGGUUUGGAUGAAAAAUCACUGACAAGGCUUUCAGAAAAAGUGAACAAUCCCCACCUGAAAGAUCUGGCCAAAUCAAAGUUUGUUACUGCCAUCAAAGAAAAAGCUUUGACCAGAAUUCAAGUCUCUGCUGCGCUUGCUACCGUUGCUACAGCUGAGUUUUUCUUGAGUCUCGUUCCAGGUGUAGGCAGUGCUGCUGCUGCAGGAAUAUCCUUCGGUACUACGUAUUACCUCCUGAGAGAAGGAUUAAAUGAUCUGGCAAAUACGGCUCGAGAAAUCAGAAAAGAAGCUGGUGUGGACAAAAUAUAAUGACUCCUAAAACAGUGGUUUUUAAUUCUGGUCCUGGGGUUCAUUGACUUAUAGAGCGUGAAUGCAAUUUCCACUUCUGUACACAUUUAUGCAAAAGCAAUAUGAUGUGUAAGAAAGCCAAUCACCUCAGUGUGUUCUCAAGAAUAUUUUUUUAUGUUAGAUGUUCUUUUAGAAAUAUGAAAAACGUCUACCAAAUCAAAAUCAUAUGGUCCAACCAUGCUGAAAUACAACCAGAGAUUAUAUCACAAGGAGGACCCCAGCAGAACAUUGUGACUGUGUGUCUAGGUUAAUAAGUAAAGAAAAUUAUCAAAUAAACUUACCUUUCUACACUGCAAUUUCUGAAGCUAUAAAUAAAACAAAGAUUAGGAGUACAUUUUGCAAGAAAAUAUUAGACUAUACUACUGCUAUCCUACAAUACUUCAAACCUUCACAUCAUUUAAUGUUUUCUAAAAAUGGUAUAAAAGUUUAAACACUGUAUGAAACCAACAUAGUUAUAGUUACAAACAUGUAAUUACAGUAUAUACUAUACUCACCUUGCCUUUGUCCAUCCUCCAUCUUGUCCAGAAAAUCUGAAAAUAUCUCUGCUCCAAGUUAAGAAACCUCACCCUUAAAAGUGUCCAUGAGUUAUGUGAUGACACUAGGAACACAUGCGAGUCCAGUUUCUUCUCCUUCAGAUAUUUCUCACAGUCUUGUCUCAUUUGAUCCAAUGCAUGUAUUUUAGAGAAUUUGUUUUUCUUUCUAUGUGCAUCAUCAAUUUUUGUUCUAAUUAAAUAAAAUGGCUUCUUUCGUUGCUCAAUUUCAUCAAUCAA